AUGACCUCGAAGAUUUUAAUACAGAGAAGACUAGGAUUAGAUGACUGGAUGAUCCUUGUUGCGGCACAUCUUAGCAUCGCGUCACUUGCUUGUCUAUUGAUCAGUGUGAAUUACGGCUUCGGACUUCAUCUUUGGGGGUUUGAUACGUCUUACCAUUUUGCGCAAGCACUCAAAUUCUUUUACAUCGAGCAAAUCCUCUACGCAAUUAUAACCGGUAUCACAAAACUGUCCAUCCUGAUCUUCUUCCUAUCGAUCUUCCAACAAUCCCGUUCAUUCAGGAUUGCAGCCAAACUCGUUUUCGCCUCAAUCGCAUGUUCAACCACCGUCUACAUCUUCGGACUUGCCUUUCAAUGUAUUCCCGUCCCAUUGUCAUGGGACAAGGACAUCAAAGAUGGCAAAUGCCUCAACUUCAACAACUUGGCGUACUCAGGAGCGGCAAUCACCAUCGCCCAAGACGUCGCGACGCUCAUUCUGCCGAUUCCCCAGCUUCACACUCUGCAGGUUGACGUAUACAAAAGAAUUGGGCUGGCUAUCAUGUUCACUGUCGGCAGUCUUGGUUGCGUCGCAUCUAUGGUGCGGCUCAAAUUCCUCAUCGACUACGGCAUAUCGACCGGUGAGGCCGCAGAUCCAACAUACACGACUGCUCCCGCUAUCGCAUGGAGUGGAAUCGAGGCCGGAGCCGCCAUCGUUUGCGCCUGUCUGCCGUCUACUCGCAAUUUGUAUCGACGGAUAGCCUCCCAGCUCUUUCCAAGACUGUCACUCAGCCUCUCCUCUCUGAAUCGGUUUCGCGUGAAGCAGGUCACGAGCAUCACGCAGAACUCAAGACCUCGCAACGAAUCGGAGAUCGAGCUGAGCCGGACAGGGGCGGAACCUUAA